CCCCGGGACAAGCGCCUGGCCAAGCCGAGUCCCACGGGCGCCCUCAACUUCACGUGGCCGGCCAAGCGUGUUGGUGGUGGAGGGCGACGUGGUCCUGGGCGGCCUCAUGAUGGUGCACGAGCGGCACAACGACCUCGUGUGCGGCCCCAUCAUGCCCCAGGGCGGCGUGCAGGCGCUGGAGGCCAUGCUCUACACGCUGGACUUCAUCAACGACCAGGAGGACUUUAUCCCCGGCGUGAGGCUCGGCGCGCACAUCCUCGACGACUGCGACAAGGACACGUACGGACUCGAGCAGGCCGUCGACUUCAUCAAAGG